AUGUCUUCGUCAACAGUAUCACCCAAGGAGGCAGCUCGUCAAAGGUUCAUCGAUGUCUUUGACGACAUUGUUGAGGAAUUGACCGAGAUUCUCAAAUCUUACAAGAUGCCCCAGGAGGCCAUUGACUGGUUUCAAAGAAACUUAAACUACAAUACCCCGGGCGGGAAACUAAAUCGAGGCUUGUCGGUAGUUGACACAUAUGCAAUUUUGAACUCGACCACCGUCGACAAGUUGAGUGACGCACAAUAUAAGAAAGUUGCCAUAUUGGGCUGGGCAAUUGAAUUGUUACAGGCGUAUUUUCUCGUUGCGGACGAUAUGAUGGACCAGUCCAAGACAAGGAGAGGCCAGCCAUGUUGGUACUUGGUUGAAAAGGUGGGUAAUAUCGCCAUCAACGAUUCGUUCAUGUUGGAAGGUGCCAUUUACGAGAUUUUGAGAAGGCAUUUCCGUCAGGACUCGUGCUAUGUCGACUUGUUGGAUUUGUUCCACGAGGUGACGUUCCAGACCGAAUUGGGCCAAUUGUUGGACUUGGUCACCGCCGAUGAAGAGCAUGUCGAUUUGGACAAGUUCUCCUUGGCUAAGCAUUCGUUUAUUGUCAUUUUCAAAACUGCGUAUUAUUCGUUUUAUUUGCCGGUAGCGUUAGCCAUGUUCAUGGUGGGCAUCAACGAUGAACAAGAUUUGAAGCAAGUUAGAGACGUUUUGAUCCCCUUGGGCGAGUAUUUCCAGAUACAAGAUGACUAUUUGGACUGUUUUGGCACAGCUGAGCAGAUUGGCAAGAUUGGCACUGACAUCAAGGACAAUAAAUGCUCGUGGGUUGUUAACCAGGCGUUGUUGAAAGCUACCCCUGAACAACGCCAAUUGUUGGACAACAACUACGGCCGCAAGGACGAUGAAAGCGAAGCGAAAUGCAAGCAAUUGUUCAAUGAGAUGGGCAUCGACAAGAUCUACCACGAUUACGAAGAAGACACUGUGCAAAAAUUGAGACAACAAAUUGACCAAAUUGAUGAAUCGAGAGGUUUGAAGAAGGAAGUCUUGACUUCGUUCUUGAACAAGGUGUAUAAAAGAUCCAAAUAG